AUGGUGUUCCUGCUUGACCGUUUCAAUUCCGGAAACUCAAAAAAUGUGUACAGCAUUGGUGACGAAAAGCCAACAAAAGUCAUCCGUUCUCGAAGUGUUUCGAAAAAGAUGGAGCAAAGAACUGUUACUGCGGAUUGGUAUACCACCAUUCUCCAAAAAACAAGGCAGUAUUUAACGGAAGAAAACGUGGAAUUAUUGGAGCAUCCUCCAUAUAGUCCCGAUCUAAGUCCUCACGAUUUCUUUACUUUCCCGAAAAUUAAAAACAGACUGCAUGGUCAAAGGUUCCAGUCACCACAAAAAGCAGUUGACGCAUCCAAAAAUGCCGUUUUAGAUCUGCCAGCAAACGAGUGGAAUAAGUGUUUCGACAAUUGGUUCGAGCGCAUGCAGAUGUGUAUUAAUCUCCGUGGAGAAUACUUGGAAAAACAAUCAAGUCAUUUAAAACUACCUACCGUGUUGUUUUAUUUCCAUAUGCAAAUCUUAAAAGACAUCCCUCGUAAAUGUUUAUAUCCAAUGUUUUUCUGA